UCCUUCCCAUAAAACGAGCCCAACCGUGUAGGAGAUCAGCAGCAGCAGAAAGACAGACUGUCAAACCUCUUCUUCUUUUUCUUCUUCUUCCUCUAGUGUCAAUAACACCGGACCGGAUUCGCCGGACUACUGCAUACCUGACUCCAAAUUAUUCAAAAUUAAUAUCCGUCAGUAUUAAUAUCAGUCCGGUUUAGCUAUUUUGGCUAUUUCCUCUUGUACAUAGCGGUGGUUUUCAGUUGGAGAUCAUCGCUUGUGAAAGUGUUGUGGGGUGCGGAAGAAGUUUCUAUUAAAGGAGAAUUCUAGACUGGUAGAUAAAGGUUAUUCCUUCCUAUAGACGAGAUUGUGACCGACCACCUACGAUGGCCGUGAAGGGAAGACGUACCAAUAGCAAGAAUCCUCCGAUUCUCAGCCAUGAAUUUAUUAUCCAAAACCACGCGGACAUUGUGGCUUGCAUCGCAAUGGUCUUUGUUAUCGGCCUGAUAUUCCAAGUUUCGGCCCCGAUAGCUUCCAUUUUCAUUGCUGUGCAGCACAAUACGACGAGGAAUGCCACUGCUCCCCCUCCGCCCCCAUACUACUUUGAUGAGCAGUUGUACACCGUCGGAUGGAAGGAUUCUUGUUGUGUAUUUUUCUAUACCCUGAUCGCUGUUGUGAUUCAUGCCUUGGUCCAAGAAUAUGUGUUGGACCGAUUCACUAGAAAAUUGCAUUUGAGUAAGAUUAAGCAUUCCAAGUUCAAUGAUGCGGGACAAUUGUUAGCAUUCUCGUUAAUCACCACUCUUUGGGGUACCCACAUUGUUCAGAGAGAAAAUUAUUUGAGCCAAAUUUCCCUGCUAUGGGAUGGCUUUCCUCACAUGGAAAUGUCAUUUGUGUUAAAAUUUUUCAUGCUCAUUCAACUUUCGUACUGGCUGCAUUGGAUCCCUGAAGUAUAUUUCCUGAGAAUGAAGAAAGAAGAAAUAAUGCAAAAGUUGACCAUGGCUUCCAUUUAUACUUCAGUUGUAGCAGUUGCCUAUGUGGCCAACCUUUCUCGCGUAUCUGUUGUGUUGUUGGUUCUUCACUUCAUUCCUGAAAUUUUGCUGAACUUUGCUCGAUUGUUUCACUUUGCGGAGAAAAUCAACACUUCUGUAUGGUUGUUCCGUCUUGGAAAUUCCGUUUUCAUUGUUGCCCGAUUCCUCUCCGUAAUUUUUGCUGUUCUUACAUUCUGGUUUGGUCUUGAACCAUUUGCAUCUCAAGUCUUGAGAACCGUUGGAUUAGCUUUCAUAUGUGGAAUUCAAUCGUAUAUGCUUUUCCAAUUUUGCAUUUUCCAUGUAAAGCGCUUGAGAGCUCAUUCUGCUGUGGUUGUUGCACCUCCAAAGUCUCCAAAGAAAGUUAAGAAGCCAAAGGAUUUGUCCGACCUUCCUGAAGUCGAUCAAAAUACUAGAAAGCAAGCGGCCACUGCUUUGAAGCAAAAGAAAUUGAAGUAGGAAAUAUGGUUGCGAUGCAAAAUGCAAAACAAGGCAUUCACUCCGUUAUGGGAUCCUUGAUAGAGAGUAAAAUUAUACUAUAUCAGACAAAAUCAGUGUUUACAUUGGCUGUGGUUCAGAAUUUGUAUUUUCAAAUUACAUGUUUAUAUGAUAUGCAAAUUGUUUUAUUUUUGUUUACAUACAUUUACUGUCAAAUUCUAAACCUAUGAUUUACAAAAUUUCCGUAUCCUUGUGAUAAUGUAAUAACAAUAACUUGUAUCAAUUGCAAGUUAAAGAAAUAUAUAUAUAGUUAGUAUAUAAUAUCCCAAUUAUUAAUCAGGAUAGCGUACGCUAUAUAUCUUCCAUCAUUGAACAUCUCCAUGAAACUAACAAUGUCAAAUUGGUACUUGUUGAUAAUAUCGCCCUCGUAUAAAUAUGUAUGUAUGUACUUACAUGUUAACGUCAAUGACUUCACAUUUUACAUCCAUUUGCACGCAUCCAAUCUAAAAUUAAUUCACAAGUCUUUUGAAAAUUCUUAAUAUUUAUUUAGUGCAAUGCUACGAGUACGACGUGUGAUCUUGUUGUUGUGAGCUAUUCAAGUCCAUAUUGUAUAAAAUGCUGUGUAUGGGUAAGCUGAGCUGGGAUCACUUAUGCAACUGAGAAAUUCCUUCUUUUUGUGUAAUAAACUUACAUUAAUUAAAAAUAGUCAGUAAGUAAUCAUAAUUGUACAUUAGUUUUAAACUUGUAAUUUCGUGGUCGUUUGGUUGAAAAUAGUAAUUAUUUCUCAUUAUACAUAAGUAUUGGAAUAUCGACCUAUGUAACAAGUAGAUCAAGUACUUGUUUGUAUGACUGAUGAACUGAGUAGAUGUGUAUGUCGAUUAAUUUGCUACACGUAAUAUUAAAGUUGACAGAAUAAAUUCAGUAUAGUUUUAUUAAUAACUUUUAA